GAUCAGUCGCCAUCAGUGACAAUAAUAUUUGGGUACCGGUGCGUGUGGCCGGCAGUGUGUGCGUGUGUGUGUGCGUGGGCAUAGCUAGCAGCUAGCAACAUUUCUACGCGACCCUUUUUGGCGGCUGAUGACAAGACACACACCCGACACCGCGUUAUUUUUGGCACAGCGCAGUUCGCAGGACUGAGUGUUUUCGGGCGCGCGCGCGCGCGUGCGAUCUACCGAGCGCUGGCCACCAUUAGCGCCAUUACCUGCUACGCAACACGAUCCACGAUCGCGUCGCAUCGCAUCGCGCGGCUGUCGCGGAGGUGAAACAGGCGCUGAGCAGCUGAGACUGAGUCUGAGAGUGCCCGUGAGUGUUGCUGACACACUGAGACGCGCAUUUCCGUUUCGCGACGGGUCGAGACGACCGCAGCACACCUCUACGCCCUGCAUCAACCGAUAAGCUGACCGAGCAACCUCAAACAACAGCAACAACAACAGUCAAUCAACCGCAACUCGUUGCGUCUCAGAGAAAGGGGGAGGUUUAAGGGAGGAGGUAGCAGAUGCCAGGACUGCAAGCGUGGCGGUACCAUCUUGGCCUGCUGCUGCUGCUGCUGCUGCUCGUAGCUGCGGUGCCAGUGGCGAACGCCAAACGUGAUAUCCCUAUCGGUGCCAUCUUCCACGGUGACAACUAUGAGGCGGAGAUCGCGUUCCGGUAUGCGGUCGAGCGGGUUAACAUGCACGAGAAACACUUCGAGCUGGUGCCGCUGGUAAAGUACGUCUCGGCGGAGGACAGCUUCAAGACGGAGCGGAAGGUGUGCGAGCUGGCAGCCGAAGGGGUGACCGCCAUCUUCGGCCCCAGCUCGAUCCUGACCGCCGGUAUCGUCGGGUCCGUGUGCAAAACGCUCGAGAUACCGCACAUCGUGACGCACUGGGAUCCGGAACCGCUCGGUGGCACCGAGCCGGCACUGCAGGCGAUGACGAUCAACCUGUACCCGGAGGCGGACGUGCUGUCCCGGGCGCUGGCCGAUCUGAUCGUCGACUACAGCUGGAAGAGCUUCACCGUCAUCUACGACACGGACGAGGGGCUGAUGCGGUUGAAGGACAUCCUGCAGAUCCACGGACCGAACGAUGCACCGAUCACGGUGCGGCAGAUCGACGACGAUCCGGACUAUCGGCCGCUGCUGAAGGAUAUCCAGUCGUCCGGUGAGUCGCACAUCAUCCUCGAGAUCCGGCCCGACCGGAUCGUCGAGCUGUUGCGGCAGGCGAAGGAGGUGAAGAUGCUGGAGGAGUACCAGAGCUACAUCAUCACGUCGCUCGAUGCGCACACGAUGGACUUCGAGGAGCUGCGGUACUCGCGCUCGAACAUUACCGCCCUCCGGCUGAUGGACACGAAGAGCUUCGACAUCAAGAACGCGGUGCACGACUGGGAGCAGGGGGAGGCGCGCAUGAAACGGCUGUUCCGGGUAUCGCCCGAGCACGUCCAGACCGAGUCGGCGCUGUACAACGAUGCGGUCAAGAUUUACGCCACCGCGAUCCGGGAGCUCGACGCAACCGAGGAGAUCACCCCGUCCCGGUUGUCCUGCGGCAGCAAAAACCUGCGCCAGUGGCCGUUCGGGUUGCGUAUCGUCAACUACAUGAAGGUGAAAACCGAACACGGCAUCACCGGACCGAUCAUCUUCGACGAUUACGGGCGCCGGACGCACUUCCACCUGGACAUUAUCGAGCUGAGCAAGGAGGAGGGCUUCAAGAAGAUCGCCACCUGGGACCCGACGCACGGCGUCAACUAUACGCGCAGCCAGGGCGAGGUGUACUCGCAGAUCGUCGAAUCGCUGCAGAACAAAACGUUCAUCGUCGCGUCCCGCAUCGGUGCACCCUUCCUAAUGCACAAGGAGAAGAAGGAGGGCGAGUUUCUCGAGGGUAACAACCGGUUCGAGGGCUACUCGCUCGAGCUGAUCGACGGUAUCUCCAAGAUCCUCGGCUUCCAGUACCGGAUGGAGCUGGUACCGGAUGGGAAGUACGGUUCCUACAACAAGAUCACCAAGAAGUGGGACGGUCUGGUGAAGCAUCUGCUCGAUCGGAAAGCGGAUCUCGCCGUCUGCGAUCUAACCAUCACGUACGAACGGCGCACGGCGGUCGACUUUACGAUGCCGUUCAUGACGCUCGGUAUCAGCAUCCUGUACGCGACGCCGGUCCAGCAACCGAAGGAUCUGUUCUCCUUCCUGUCGCCCCUAUCGCUGGACGUGUGGAUCUAUAUGGCGACCGCCUAUCUGGGCGUUUCGGUGCUCCUGUUCGUGCUGUCCCGGAUGGCACCGGCCGACUGGGAGAAUCCGCACCCGUGCAAGCAGGACAACGACGAGGUGGAAAACAUCUGGGACAUGCUGAACGCGCUCUGGCUGACGAUGGGUUCGAUCAUGGGGCAGGGUUGCGAUAUACUGCCGAAGGCCGUCUCGACGCGCCUGGUGGCGGGCAUGUGGUGGUUCUUUGCCCUCAUCAUGCUCUCCUCGUACACCGCCAACCUGGCCGCCUUCCUCACGAUGGAGCGGAUGGACGCGACGAUCGAGUCGGCCGAGGAUUUGGCGAAGCAGAGCAAAAUCAAGUACGGUGCGGUCGUUGGCGGUAGUACGAUGUCGUUCUUCCAGACCUCCAACUUUUCCACCUACCAGCGGAUGUGGGCAGCGAUGGAAUCGGCCCGCCCGUCCGUCUUUACGAAGAGCAACGACGAGGGCCGGGAUCGCGUUAUCAAGGGGAAGCGGCUGUACGCGUUCCUGAUGGAGUCGACCUCGCUCGAGUACAUGACCGAGCGGUACUGCGAGCUGACGCAGAUCGGUGGGCUGCUCGACUCGAAGGGCUACGGUAUCGCGAUGCCAGUCAAUUCCCCGUACCGGACGGCCAUCAGCGGGGCGGUGCUGAAGAUGCAGGAGGAGGGCAAGCUGCACCAGCUGAAGACGCGCUGGUGGAAAGAGAUGCACGGUGGGGGCCGCUGUGACGGUAAGGCGUCAUCGGCGGCGAGCGACAGUGCAGCCGAACUCGGUAUCGGUAACGUCGGUGGUGUGUUUGUGGUACUUGCGAUCGGUUGCUCCUGUGCGUUCAUCAUCGGUAUACUGGAGUUCCUCUGGAACGUACGGAAGGUGGCGGUCGAGGAGAAGAUUACACCGUGGGAUGCGCUGAAGGCGGAACUGAAGUUUGCGCUCAACAUCUCCGUGACGUCGAAACCGGUCCACAACACGCUCAGCGAAUCGACGGCCAGUGGGAAGAGUUCGCUUCGCUCGAAGUCGGAGUCACGUCGGGACUCGGAGGUGGCCGGCCGGGGUAAUAACGUCCGGACCGGGGCGAGCCUCAUGAACCUCGAUAAGCUCGGUCUUGGGUUCGGCAAAAACUAGCACCUCGGAUAGUGACCCCUUUUUGUUAGUAUGUCUUAGUCUACCAUAUGUAUGUGUACAUGUCUGUCAGUGUGCG